GUUUGGAGGUUAGGAACUAGUCUUGGAGCUCUGGCGAGUUUUGUUAUUUUUGGUAAUUAGAGAAAUUAAAAAAUCAGUCACUAGUUUAAAAAACAAAAGAUUGUGUGGCUGUGUUUUACGAUUGGUGGAAUUUUAUACAUAAUAAAAAAAAAGGAGGUGGAAAUAAUAAUAAAAAAUAAAGAUGAUGAAGAUAUCGUCCCUGGGGGACUUUGGGAAUCCUCUUUUUGAUAAUCGAACGACUGCAAGUCUUAUCAACGAUUCUCUGAUCUAUUGUACCAGAGAUCAACUUAAUGAAGAAACUCAGCCAUUUGCAGUUUAUUUGCGAGACUUUCCAGUGGUUUUUGUCACCUAUGAUAUGCUAGCAACACGAGAAUCGGCCCGAACUCUCGGCGCUGAUUUAUUUCUGCCGGUUCAGGAUAGCGUUUUUAAAAAAAUCGCCAGUAUUUGGAGAGAAAAGGGAAUUGUCGAUGCGAUUCGCAUUGCCGCUAAUGAAGAACCGCAAAGAAUCACACCUGUCAUUCACUGGAUAGCCACAAGAUUAACGCGGGUCUUGGAUUUAAUCGAAAAAGGAACUUAUCGGAUCGAAAGGCUUCCAAUUUCUGGAUCAGGAUCAGUUGCAGAUGUCGCUAGUACUCGAGAUUGGGCAACAGCUCUUAUUCGUUGUAUUUCCUGGCAUCCGCACUGGACACGUCUAGCAAUAGCAACGCGAGACGAUCGAAUUCGUGUAUUUUCAAAAGACAUUUCAGGCGUAGCCAUUUUAAAACACAACGCUCAAAAAUCAGUCUGUUGUAUAAACUGGAGGCCAAACUCUGGUCGUGAAUUAGCAGUCGCUUGCCAAUCAGGAAUUUUAAUCUGGACGGUGGAAUUAGGGGCUGCGAGUAAUUCUCUCAGUCAUGCUCUUCUCCUAAAAUACAAAAAUCAUGCACCUGUUACGAGUGUCACCUGGAAUCCGGAGGGUGAUUUAUUAGUUUCUUCUUCUCUGAGUGAUUCAAAUAUGAUAAUCUGGGACGUUUCGAAAGAAACUGGAGUCCCUUUGAAAAGAGUUGGUGGCGGAGGCUUAUGUUUUACUCGAUGGUCUUCCAAUGGAUCAAGAUUGCUCUCCUCAACUUGUGGCAAAGUCUUCAGGGUUUGGAACAUUGGUACCGGAUCACCCUGGGUAUCUGAAAAAUGGACAGUUCCAAAUGGUCGCGUUGCAGCCGCUUGUUUCGGACCAAAGUUGACUCUCCUUUUUGCCUCGACAGAAGAUCCAGCAAUGGUCUUUUAUCUGCCCCUGGAAGAGCACAUUUUCGACGUAAAAAAAUCGAGUUCACUUGAUGACAUUAAAGUUGCGAUUCCUUUAAUCGAUUUGAGUAAAUGUACUUUCACGAAUCCAGACGACGAAGAAGAGGAAGUGACUGUCGGUGGUCGAGUGAUUUCAAUGGACUGGGAUCCCUCCGGAAGAUAUCUCGCGCUCAUUUUCCAAGAGAGUCCACUCGUUGCUGUUUUUAAGACGAAGGUAGGAGCAACUUCCAGAGUGACUGACCUUAAACCCGGAUGCCUCAUCAAAGGUUUUUCUGCUGAGGUACCAAGUUGCAUUCAGUUUUAUCAAAAUUAUGUGAAAGAUUCAGAAAUAGUCCGCUUGACCAUUGCCUGGAGCAGUGGACGCGUUCAGCAUUUCCCGAUUAUUUCCGCCAUUGAAAAUCGAACCGAUCUUUGCAAAUUGAGUCACUUGUCUAAUUCUUUAGCAGGAAGUCCCUCGAUCAGUCAUUAUUCUUCGUUCUGAUAAACGUAAGUCUCUAAAUAAUGUUAGUCUCAUUUCUACUUUUCUACAUCAGUUUUUGUAUAUAGGAAAUAUAUUUUAAAAAAA